GGGCCGUCGGUACCUGUCCCGGGUGCGUCAGGAUCACCUGGCUCGGGUUACAGCGUCGGGGAUCCUGGGGGCUGGACUCUGAUCCUGGACUGAGCGUCUGUCUGGAGCCUCCGCCACCACACACACAGUCUGAGAACAGGCUCCAGGAACUAAGAGCUGAAGACCAGAACCCGGAGCGGGGCUGCGGACCAGGACCAGGACCAGGCUCAGACCAGGACCGGGACCAGGAAGGCUGUCUGUGGAGGAGCCAAACGCUGCUACCAUGACUUCGCAGACGAGCUUUGGCAGCAGCAUGCUGUUCCAGUCCAUAAAUGAUGACCUGAAUGCAUCACUGGCUACAGCCGAUGAGUUAUCCAGACAGUUUGAUUCUUUGAUGAAGGAAGCUUCUUCUGAUGACAACAGCACAACGUAUGAAUCUCAGAACAUCCCUGUGAUCUUCAAAGAUGAGCGUCUGUCCACCAGCUCCUUCUCUACUAAGGACUCCAGCAGCAGCAGUAAUGGCAGCCUCAGCUCCAAGCCUUUCUCCCAAAGCUCAGUGGGUUUUCAACCUGUGGACUCGGGCAUGUUGUCUCCCAACAAAAACAGAUCCUCCUCACCUGUCUUCCCCUCCAGUCCACUGCCAUCCCCCAAGAUCCAGAGAGCUCAUUCUCCACUUCCUCGAGCUGGAUCUGAAAGCUACUUAUUCGCCCCAAAUAGGCAUGGUUCCUCCUCACAUUACGACAGAAGCCAACGAAGCUCGAGUAGUCUCAAGGAGAGAAGCCCAUCCCCGAACCCCAUGAUUAUCACCAUAGAUCAGCCAUCUCGAUCUCAUUCUCCUCCUCGUUACGACAGGAGCCCACGAUCCUCAACCAGUUACAUGGAGAGAAGCCCUUCUCCGAGCCCCACGGCCUUCGAUCAGUCCUCUCGACCCGCCCCUUUCCACUCCUCGUCCAAUCUGCUGAGCCCGUAUGAAAACACCCAGAUGGGCCGCAGGUCGCCUCGGCCAGACAGAAGCCCCUCCCCACUGUCUUUCAAUCACGGGGUCUCUAACACACUACCACGGAAUUUCAGGCAACCUGAUGAGCGGCAAAAGUCUCCGGGCAAGUGGAAUGAGACAGAUCUGGACGUGUCAUAUGAGAGAAAACCUCACCACACCUAUGACAAAACGGAGUGGUUGCGGCCGUCUGUGCCGAACAGCAACUGGAGGGAAUCCAACCUCGAUGGCCCUCCUCCACCACCCAGUGCCAAAAAGGAGUCCCGUCCACAGUCUCACCCGUUAAACUACAGUUCACUUCCCCGUAACGCACGGAUAUCAGUUCCUCCAGACACUUCUUCGCCUCCCUACUCCCCUUACCACCCCCAGCCCAUCAUCUCCAGGAUCUCCAUCCCCCCGGCCACUCAGUCCCGUCAGCAAAAACCCAUCCCGCUCUCCGUCAUCAUGCGUCUGCAGAACCCCCAGUGGGGAGCGAUGGCCCCCCACUACUCCAGAGGUCCAGGAGCUGAAGGGGACAUGGGGCCACCCAGAAAACCACCUAUGCCCAGGGAGUUCUUCCACCACCCUGUACCCCAGCACCAGCAACACCCGCCUGAGCAGAGGCAGCCGGCGGUGUACAGCGACGUGCUGAACCCAGCAGAUAUCGAUGCAGAGUUAGAGCGAAUUGACUCUGUUCAUCACAUGUCUGUGAUCAUGGAGACUCCCAGCUCAUCAGAGGCUAAGAAGGAGGGGGAGCUGGACAAGAACAAGGCCCCCCGACCCCUGAGUCCCACCAGACUGCAGCCUGUGGUAGCUCCGGAGGCCCAAGCCCAGGCCAUCCCCGACAAGGAGGAGCUGCUUCGCAUUCGGGCAGAAAUCCCCCGGGCUCUGAAAAGGCGGGGCUCCAUAGAUCACUCACAUCCCUUGAAGAAAACCUCCCAUUACCAGCCAAACCAGUACAAAAAUCUCAUCAGCAAGCUGUUCCGAAAGGUCGAACAUCGUCCAAAGGUGGAACAAAGCAGUGAGACGAGCAGCUCCUCAGAAGGGGAAGACAACCAUACAGCUCCUGCAGCUCCACCUGCACCUCAGACACCUCCAGCAACUGCACAAGAACUCAAAGGUUAUCAUUCGAUUCUGCGGCCCAGUCGGGAACACAGAUCUCCUGGGAGACGAGCCCGGCUCAGUCCUCUGGUCCUGGUUCUGGAUGGGGCGUUGGUCGGGGAACUGGAGACGGUGCAACGGGCCGUUCAGGAGAUGCAAGAUCCCAGCCAGCCCAAUGACGAAGGCAUCACUGCUCUGCACAACGCCAUCUGUGGGGGCCACUACAAUGUCGUGGACUUCUUGGUCCGCGUUGGAGCCAAUGUCAGCGCACCAGAUAGUCAUGGCUGGACUCCAUUGCAUUGCGCAGCCUCCUGUAACGACCGUCCGCUGUGUGAGUUUUUGGUGAGGAACGGAGCUGCCGUCAUGGCCAUUACAGAAAGUGACGGUGCUACCGCUUCCCAAAAGUGUGAUCCAUACGCUGUUGGGUUUGAAGAGUGCGAGAACUUCCUGCGAGGUGUGGAGGAGGCCAUGGGUGUGGAGAACAGUGGCGUGCUCUACGCUCUGUGGACUUACCCAGCCCAGGCCGCCGACGAGCUGAGCUUCAAGGAGGGAGACAUGGUUACGAUCCUGCAGAAACCCGAAGCGUCUGACUGGUGGUGGGCGUCGCUCUGUGGCAGGGAGGGCUUUGUUCCUAAUAACUAUUUUGGGCUAUUCCCAAAGGUUCGGCCCAAAUCUCUGUGCUAAGCGUCGUUUGAAGCUCAGUCUCUGUCAAACUGGUGAAGACGACUGUUUCAGACACUGCUCUUCACAGCUGUGCGCUGUUUGGAAAGCCUGUGCGAUUAUUAAAAGGCUGUACCGCUGCAGGGCAUGAAAAAUGUUUUUGAUCAGUCUGUCAAGGGGAGUUGAAGGAGAAGUCUCAGUAUUCAUUUUAGCUUCACGCUGACAAGGAUAAAUCCUUUUGGAAGACAUCAUUUGUACUGGAUCUGCUGUCAUAUGUUUUUUUUUUCUGGCAUCAUCACAACUCUUCUGUGCUUCAGUGAAAUAACGCCUGUGUGUCAAAGGCUACAAAAAGGCCAUAAUCUCUGAUGUUUUUGUCCCAGUGACAUUUAUGACUCACUGACUGAUUAGUAAUCUGAAUGCAAACAGUCGCUGUCUGUGUUUGGGCCAAUCAUCAGCGAGGUCAACGUAGCUGCAUGCCGUUGACAAACAUUACCCAUGAUUGCUCAUCUUAGAGAAGACAGUCUCAAUCGGAACAACAUUAUUAUUACUACCGGAACAAGGUAUGUCCACUGAAUCAUCUCAAAGACAGGGUUGCACCAACGAGGAUUAAUUAAAUCAUGGUUUAGCUCAGGGGUGUCAAACUCAUUUUAGUUCAGGGGCCACAGUCACCCCAAUAUGAUCUGAAGUGGGCUGGGCCAGUAAAAUAAAAACAGUGAAAAAAGUAAAAUCACAUUAUAAUGAUUACAACUACAACGUUUCCAUAAAAAUCUGAAAAACAUGAACAACUUGAAAUAUCUUAAGAAAAACCAGUGCAUUUUUAACAAUAUUCUGCCUCAUUUUAUCAGUUUAUCAUUUACACAUGUGCGUUACAACUUACAUU